UUCACAAAAAAUAAAAAAUGGAUGAUGAAAUCGCAAGGUGGAGACUCCUUCAAUCGGAUUGGUACUCUCCAAGACGACUCCACGACAGUCCCAUUCAAUACGAUUUUCCGGGCGAUCGCUUUAUACCAAACAGAAGUCUGAUGGAUCUUGAUAGAGCCCACGGUUUGCUGACAAACAGGACCACGCAGUUCAACACUGGUUCGAGUUUCAACGAAGCAUAUCGUCAGAAACUGAUUGAGAAUCUGUCUUUAGAUUCUCAAGGGAGACCAUUUAAGAUUAUGGUGUUCAGGGGAAGCCCGAAAUGGAGUCGAAAACCUAUUCGUUUUGUUGAUGAGUUGAGACAAGAAGUUGCAACGAUAUUUGAUAAGGAUUGCAAACGAACUCCAUACAGAUGCAUCCCUAAGGGAGAAAAAAGGGUCUUGGAUGCACCUAGGCUUAGAAAUGACUACUAUGCGAACAUCAUGAGUUGGGGUAACAACAACAUUCUUGCUGUCGCCUUGGGUCCGGAGCUCUACUUAUGGAACUCCGAGGACCAGAGAGUACACAAGUUGUUUCAGGUUCGUGGCGGGAAUGAUUGGCCUACGAGUGUAACAUGGUCUGAGGAUGCUAGAAUUCUAGCCGUUGGAUAUAUGUGCUCCAGUCUCCAGCUCUGGGACGCCGAGUCUUCCAAACUUAUCAGAAACCUUGACGGUCAUAGUGGAAGGAUAGCAUCCACGGCAUGGAACGGUCGCAUUCUAACAUCAGGAAGCCGUGACAAAUCCAUCAUUAAUCAUGAUGUUAGAGCACCAAACAACAUGGCUUCCUGCAUAAAACAGCAUGCUGAUGAGGUGUGUGGCUUGAAAUGGUCAACUGAAGGCAAUAGAUUGGCUAGUGGAGGCAAUGAAAAUCUGUUAUACAUUUGGGAAGGUUCCAAAAUGAGUUCAUCGAAAUUUCUACAUCGACUCAGUGAUCAUUGUGCAGCCGUCAAGGCUCUCGCCUGGUGCCCUUACCAGUACAAUGUUCUUGCCUCUGGGGGAGGCUUGAGUGAUGGUUGUAUUAAGAUAUGGAAUACACAAAAAGGGGUCUGCAUUAGCAGCAUAGAAACCAAAGCACAGAUCUGUGGGUUGGAGUGGAACAGGCAUCACAAGGAGAUACUGAGUGGCCAUGGAUACAGCAUAAGGGAGACUCAAAACAAACUGUGCCUAUGGAAGUACCCUUCAAUGACCAAAGUAGGGGAGCUAGGGAAUCACAAAUCCAGAAUUAUCAAUCUAUGCCAGAGCCCGGAUGGAAUCACAGUGAUAUCCGCGGGGGCAGACGAGACACUUCGAUUUUGGGACGUUUUCGGACCCCCGACCGCUGGGAAUUUAAUGGUUUCAGAUCUUCAAGGUCUUUUGUCUUUCAAGACAUCUCCAUUAAGGUAAUAGCAUGUGAAGCAAUCGUUUACAAC